UUUUGAAUUGAGUGGAAAGCGUUGUGAGGUUCCGCUGUUAUCAUGGACUUAAUGUCCAGACUCGCUUCAUAGUAUUCUCUUUACUUUUCGGAACAAAAACAAACUUUUUCCUCGGAGUUAAACCGAACAAAACCCGCUUUUGUUACUGAGCGAUAGCUUUGCGUUGGUCCAGUGGGUAAGUUAGUAGUCUAAACUAGCGACUGUGCUAGGUAGCUAACCUGCAGAGCUUAGCUGGUCAAGCAGCUGGUCAGCUCAGCGCGCGUGCCGGCUUCGGCUAGUUUUAUCAACACUUUUACUAACUCUGUUUCCGGUAGAGCUUCUCGUAAGCGCUUUAUCCUGGAACACCAGGUUCGCGGUAGGAAUGCAGUCUUAACUGGACACCAGCCCAUUGCAGAAUCGGGUCGUGACGCCAUGGCCGACAGCACUUUCGGGACGGUCCGUAGCCUGCUGGUGGACUCGUCCGUCUUUGACUCUAGGAUGGCCGAGACCUCCAAGGAGCACACGUUUCUCGGGCUGACCUCAGACGACACUGAGGAAAUGCUGCGGCGAGUGGAGACCAGGGUGGUGCUUGUGGGGGAAGUGGGCAGUGACACGGCGCUUAUAAAGGCGCUUGAGGCCAUCCGAGUAAUGGAAGUCCCGGUGGUCAAGAUUAAAGAAGGUGACCCGGGCUCAGAGUCGGGCGAGAAAUUAAUAAAAUCUAUAGUCAACAUGGAUAUAAACGUCCCCUGUAUAAAGACAGACAAUGUCAGAGAGUUUGGGGAUGGAGAAAACGCUGAGUACGAGACAGUCUUUGUACUGAAGGACUUCCAGUCUCAUGACUACAGCUAUUUAUACAAAAAUGACAACCGCAUUUUGGGCCCCCCUGUGGUACUGCACUGUGCUGGGAAGGGAGAGCCGCUGCCGUUCUCAUCCCGUCCUCUCUACUCCACCACCAUGCUCAACCUGUCACUCUGUUUCACCGGCUUCCGCAAGAAAGAGGAAGUGGUAAACCUUGUUAACCUGGUGCAUCAUAUGGGCGGCACCAUCCGCAAGGACUUCAGUGCUAAAGUCACCCACCUCAUUGCCCAUUCUACUCACGGGGAGAAGUACAGGUUGGCUGUUUGUAUGGGUACACCCAUUCUCACCCCAGACUGGAUUCAUAAGGCCUGGGAACAUAAGGACAACAUCAAUUUCCACGCCGGUGACGAGGAGUUCCGUAUGGCCUUCAAAGUGCCGCCGUUUCAGGACUGCGUUUUGAGCUUUUUGGGAUUCUCUGAGGAGGAAAAAAGCAAUAUGGAGGAAAGGACGCUGAAGCACGGUGGACGCUUUCUGGAGGUCGGAGAUGAGAAGUGCACUCACCUGGUGGUGGAGGAGAACUCCAUUAAAGAGCUGCCCUUUGUGCCAUCUAAGAGACUGUACGUUGUAAAACAGGAGUGGUUUUGGGGCAGUAUCCAGAUGGAUGCUCGAGCUGGGGAAUCUAUGUAUUCAUAUGAGAAGUCGGAGAGUCCAGCGAUGAAGAAGGCCGUGUCCCUUCUUUCUCUCACGACGCCCACCAGUAAUCGGAAGCGGCGGCGUCUGCGUGACACUCUGGCCCAACUCGCUAAAGAGACGGAGAUCUCACCAUUCCCCCCUCGGAAGAGGCCCUCAGCAGAGCACUCGCUCUCUAUGGGCUCACUGCUGGACAUCUCCAACACUCCAGACACGUGCAAGUCCUUGGCAGAGAGCUCCAAACCCUCCAAAAGCUCCACACCUGUCCUGCCCAAGCAGUCAGCAAGAUGGCAGGUGUCCAAGGAGCUGUACCAGACUGAGAGCAACUAUGUGGAUAUCCUGGCUACAGUUCUGCAGAUUUUCAAGUACCCACUGGAGAAAGAAGGGCAGGUCGGGGGCCCCAUCCUGGCUCAAGAAGAGAUUAAGACCAUCUUUGGCAGCAUCCCAGACAUUUAUGAAGUGCACACCAGGAUAAAGGCCGAUCUGGAAGAGCUGGUGAUGAACUGGUCGGAAGACAAGAGUGUCGGUGACAUCAUUCUGAAAUAUUCCGGAGAGCUGGUGAAAGCUUACCCGCCUUUCGUCAACUUCUUUGAGAUGAGCAAGGAGACGAUUGUGAGGUGUGAGAAGCAGAAGCCAAGGUUUCAUGCAUUCCUAAAGAUCAAUCAGGCUAAACCCGAGUGUGGGCGGCAGACACUGGUGGAGCUGAUGAUACGUCCUGUUCAGAGACUGCCUAGUGUGGCUCUCUUACUCAAUGAUAUUAAAAAGCAUACCUCUGAUGAUAAUCCUGAUAAAUUCACUCUGGAAAAGGCCAUAGAGUCCCUGAAAGAAGUUAUGACCCAUAUAAAUGAAGACAAGAGAAAGACAGAAGGCCAGAAGCAGAUCUUUGAUGUGGUUUAUGAAGUGGAUGGCUGCCCUGCCAAUCUUUUGUCUUCUCAUCGGAGUUUGGUGCACCGAGUGGAGACCAUCGCUCUAGGAGACAAGCCCUGCGACCGUGGGGAACACGUCACUCUAUUUCUCUUCAACGACUGCCUAGAGAUUGCCAGGAAGAGGCAUAAGGUGAUCAGCACCUUUAAGAGUCCUCUGGGGCAAACACGGCCACCUGCUCAGCUCAAGCACAUCACCCUCAUGCCCCUGUCUCAGAUCCGUAGGGUGCUGGACCUGCGUGACACAGAGGACUGUCAGAACGCCUUUGCCCUGGUUGUGCGGCCUCCUACCGAGCAAGAGAACCUCCUGUUUAGUUUCCAACUCGCUGCUGAAGACACGCUCAAGUCGACCUGGCUCAAGACUCUCUGCCGUCAAGUGGCAAACACCAUCUGCAGAGCCGACGCGGAAGACCUAAUUCAGUGCACUGAUCCUGACACCCUUCAAGUGAGCACGAAGGACAUGGACAGCACGCUGAGUCGAGCCUCCAGGGCCAUCAAAAAGACAUCUAAGAAGGUAACCAGGGCAUUCUCUUUCACCAAAACCCCAAAGCGUGUGAUCCAGAGAGCUUUCAUGGCCAGCAGUACUCCAGAUGAUAAGAGCCCAGGCCCAGGCCUUGACCAUAUGACCCGGAUGACUAGCAGCUCCACACUGGCCAUGGCUCGCUCAGCCUCCACAUUCAGUCUGAGUGGUUGCAGUAAAAAUGCUGUAGUACAGCGCUCCAAUUCCCUGGACAAUGCGCCCAGGCCCAGGGUGGCCGUGUGCGUCCGCAGCCCAUGCUGCCCAGAGAACACUAACCAGCCUGCUCCUGCAGAGUCCCAUCUCAAAGUGCCCACGCAGCAAGCAUGUCCGUCCGCUCUGCAGGGCACCAGGUCGUACCGGGAGCUUGCGGUUUCCUUGGAGCAGCGCAGAGCCCCCGGCUCCCCCCGCAGAGAGACUCUACUCUAGGUGUCUAAAUGAUGCUGUGCACUCACCAUCGAUGGUCAAUCUGUCAUCUGCAUUUGAAAGGAAGUACCACACGUUUAGCCGGUCGACCACUCACCUGAUCUGAUGCGUCCGAUCGAGCCUGCUCUGACCAGACAACACUAAAGGACGUCAGCGGUACAGUGCUGCUCACAUCACUACUCCACUCUUCCAAAUGAAGGAUCAGUCUUGUAUUUUUGUCUUUUUCCUGUGUUACUAAUGUUAUAUAUUUUGGGCACUUUCAUCUAACAGAGAUGUUAAUAACUGACAAAUUCUGCCUGUUUGGUUUUUUAAAUAGAAAUAGAUUUUCACAUUAAUAACCAAUGAAAGUAUUUCUUAAUGUUAUCUGAGAUCAGCCACUUACGUUUCCAGCUUUUAUAAAGCUACACAAUUGAGUACUUUUAAUAUAAAUGGGUUACGACUAGAGAAACUAUGGGAAGUCUUUGCAGUAAACCGUUGCUGAAGUUUCACAUUGUAUAAGUUUUUAUCUGGACUAGACUGUUUAUUUUGAACAGGCAAAAAAAAAGUGGAGCUACGUACAGCGUGUGUAUUUAUUCUCUAGAAUAAAUCUAUAUAUAUAUAUAGUAUAUUUCAAUCCUGUAACUUUCUCUUUGUUUGUAUUUAUGUGUAAAUAUGCUCCUUUUUUCAUUUGUGGUAGUGUCCUAUGAUUUUUUUUUUUUUUCCCCCUCUAUUUUUCCUGGAUGUCUCCGUUAAACCGUCACUGUAGUGGCCUUCAGAAGCUGUACAAACAUUUAGCCAUAUCUUACACCACUUCCUUCCUCUUUUCCUUUUCUUACUGUAUUGGAGUUACAUAUUGUCUUUGUAAAUGUAAUGAUUUUUGGGAAUUGCUUUUAUGUCUGACUCUAUAUUCAUUUACUCGUUUUCAAUAAAAGACGGAUGUAGCCAA